AUGGCGAGCAAGACCGUGACCGCGAGCAAGCCCCCGACGCAGCCCGCCGUCAUGAAGCCCACGGAGGAGCCUCCCGUGUACUCGCUGGCUCGUGCGCAGGAGACGAGCGGGGCCGCCGGUGAUCUGCUGAGGAGGCAGGAAGAGCUGGAGAGGAAGGCGGCCGAGCUGGACCGGAGAGAGAGGGAGAUGCAGUCGGUCAGGGCUUCAGGAGGCAGGAGAAACAACUGGCCCCCCCUUCCGGGGAGGUUCCCGGUGCGCCCUUGUUUCUACCACGACAUUGCGGUGGACAUUCCUGUGGAGUACCAGAAGACGGUCAAAAACAUGUAUUACCUCUGGAUGUUCCACACGGGAACGCUGCUGGCCAACCUGGCGGGUUCUCUGGCGUGGUUCAGUGUGGAUCCGACGCGCCGAGUAGACUUGGGUCUUGCCGUCCUAUGGUUCCUGCUUUUAACACCGUGCUCCUUUGUUUGUUGGUACCGACCCAUCUACGGGGCCUUCAAGAACAACAGCUCGUUCAGCUUCUUCGUCUUCUUCUUCGUGUUCGUGUGGCAGCUGGGCGUGUACGCGAUGCAGAGUGCGGGCAUACCCGGAUGGGGGACCUGCGGUUGGCUCUCGGCUCUGAUGUGCCUCAAGACGAGCCCGGCGGCGAGCGCUCUUCUGAUGGCGGUGGCGGCGCUGUUCACCGCGUUGGUUGUCGCAUCGCUCGUCAUGUUCAUGCAGGUGCACGCCGAAUACCGCACCACGGGGGCGAGUUUCCAGAAGGCCCAGCAGGAACUGGCGGCCGACAUCAUGGCCAACAAGACAGUGCGGGCGAGCACCGAUGCCGAGACGACACGUGGAGAUUUCAGAGAGCGCAUCUGA